CCAUAAAUGAACAGAAGAAGAACACAACGUUGCCUGAACAAGACUUUGGGAGAAACAUGGCUGUGGAGAAGAAAGAUGCGCGUCCUGGCAAAGCUGCUGGAAAAGAGGCUCAGCCUUUAAUUAUCGCCAAAACUCCCGCAGAGGAGCAGCGCUUAAAGCUGGAGAGACUGAUGCGAAACCCUGAUAAAUCUGUGCCCAUACCAGAGAGACCAAAGGAGUGGAAUCCACGUGCUCCACCAGAGUUUGUGCGAGAUGUGAUGGGUUCAAGUGCUGGUGCAGGCAGCGGUGAAUUCCAUGUGUAUAGACAUCUGCGGCGGCGCGAGUAUCAGAGACAGGACUUCCUGGAACGAAUAUCUGAUAAACAAAAGCUGGAUGAAGAAUAUAUUCAGAAGGUUAAAGAAAACCAGAAGGCUGCUGAAGAGAGGACAGCAAAACGCAGAAAGAAAAGGGAGAAGUUGAAGCAAAAGAAGUUGAUGGCUAAGAAAGCCAAGCUGGAGAGUCAUCAAGAAGGAGCAUGCUCAGAGGAGGAGUCAUCGUCAUCUGCCACUGAAGCAGAGGAGCAGGAAGAUGAUGCAGAGGUGCCCAGCUUCAUCAUGGGGAAGAGGUGACGGCAUGUGAAGCUGCAUAAUGGAAAAGGGGUGAUGGCCUUAAAAGACUGAAGUAUCCAGAAAAAUACCUUACGAUGCCAUACACUCCUCAAGCAGUAAAAAUGUCCUGAGCUGUGUCCUGAAAGUACUCUCAAUUCUGAGUCAGUGGUAUCAGAAGCCAUCCUGUUAUGAGUACGAUAUUGAAGAGUUUGAAACAUUUGAAAGGUUAACUUUGUCUUUUGUUUAUGCUAAAACAAUGUGACCAGGUUCAACCUUGAGCUUUUUAUUUACCUGUAAAAAUGUAUUUUAAUAAACAACAAAGAGAACAAAAUUGCGUGUUGGCAUUGCAAUUUCAUUGGAACUUUCCUCAAUUGUGCCCUUUAGUUUCUUUGUGAUGUGCUUACUGAGUUCAUAUUGUAUUGUAGUAUGUUUGUUGUAUGUAUAGUUGUAUGUUGUAAUUCUACCUUUCAAAUAAAAUUCUGCCUA